UUUGAUCCUUGCAUGUAUGUUUCUAAUCAUGUUGAUUGAUUGUUAUGAGAUCCGUUGAUUGAAUGGUUAAAUUCUUAAUUUGGAAUUCAUUUUCGAGAGAUAUCCAUUGUUGUACGUUUUAGAAGUUGCUAUGAUGAAUGUGAAAAUCAUGGAAAUCAAAGGACCAGUUCAUCAUAUCAAACAAUGUGGCUUUUCAAAAACUAAUGGAUGAAAAAAUUAUGAUGGCAAUGGUGGAAGUGCAAAGAAAGUUUUAAGCUUACUCACUUGAGUCUUGUUGAAUAUGUGUGAAUGAAGGUGGUGAUAGAGAUGAAGGUAGGGCUAUCAAAUUUUGCGACUGCAAUGGUAAUCUUUUGCAGCAUGAAUGCAGUGCUUGGGAUCAGAUUUGUGAUUGACAGACGUGACUGUUUCUCUCAUAAUGUUCAGUACGAAGGGGAUAGAGUUCAUGCUUCAUUUGUUGUCAUCAAGAUUGAUGCAUCUUGGCAAUAUACUGAUGAUGGUGUAGACCUUGAGGUGAGGGGACCUGGUGGUGAACCAAUUCGGGAUUUUCUUGACAUGACAAGUGAAAUAUUUGAAUUUGUGGCUCGAAGCACCGGACCGUAUCGCUUCUGCUUCAACAACAGGUCUCCCUAUCAUGAAACAAUUGAUUUUGAUGUCCACAGUAACCACGUUGAGUUUUCUGAUCAUCAUGCAAAAGAUGAGCAUUUAACACCUCUGUUUGAAGAGAUACUAAAGUUAGAACAAGCUCUUUUCAACAUUCAGUAUGAACAGCAUUGGCUUGAGGCUCAGACAGAACGCCAGGCAAUAGUAGGCAGUGCAAUGAGCUCGAGAACGCUUCACAAGGCGCUACUUGAAUCGGCAGCACUAAUGGGGGCCAGCGCCCUCCAAGUUUAUCUUCUUCGUCGCCUCUUUGAACGAAAGCUUACUACUACUGUUUAGAAUCAAUUUUGUUGGCCUUUAUAUAUAGGCUACACUCACAUACCAGAUUGUUGUAAUAAAUAGCAAGAUAUAAAACUUGAUCAAUCGGAGGAACGAAAUCAAAGGGGAAUAAAAUGAGUUCAUAAAAUAGGAUUUGUUUGAUAAUACAAGCAAUACAAUGUGACAAGCAACGCUCUAGCUCAUAGCGCAAGACAAGGCAAAACAGGAAGCAACCCCAGCUCCUAAUAAUAAACCACAACACUGAUACACACACA